AUGUCCUUUGAUAGACCAGAGAUAUACAGCGCACCUGUGCUACAAGGAACCACUCCAAAUGAUGAUGACAACACUGAAAUUAUUAAAUCUUUCAAAAAUUUCAUCUUGGAAUUUAGGAUAGAUUCUCAAUUCGUCUAUAGAGAUCAACUAAGAAAUAAUUUGCUGGUUAAAAACUUCUUGUUAAACAUUAAUAUGGAACAUUUGAUCGGUUAUAACGAAGAUCUUUACAAAAAACUGUCCGAUGAACCUUCUGAUAUAAUACCUUUAUUUGAAAAUGCAAUUACGCAAGUGGCAAAAAGAAUUACUGUUUUAAACAGAUCAAAUGACUCAAAUAAUAAUAAUACAGAAAAUGAUUCUAUUGACUCAAAUCUUGUACCAAAUUUCCAAUUAAUACUAAAUUCGAACGUAAAUCAAAUUCCAUUAAGAGAUCUCGAUUCAGAACACGUUUCUAAAAUCGUACGUCUCUCAGGUAUUGUGAUUUCCACUUCUGUUCUGUCAUCUCGUGCCACCCAUUUGAGACUCAUGUGCAGAAAUUGUAGACACACUACGUCAAUCAAUAUCAAUAAUUUCAAUUCCAUAAGUGGUAAUUCUGUCACUUUACCUCAUUCCUGUCUUUCUAAUCAACAGUCCCAAGACAAUGGUCUAGAUACUGUAGGUUCAACAGUGAAAAAUUGUGGUCCUGAUCCGUAUUUGAUAAUCCAUGAAUCUUCUAACUUCAUUGAUCAACAAUUCCUAAAAUUACAAGAAAUACCAGAAAUGGUCCCAGUAGGUGAAAUGCCACGUAACAUUCAAAUGUCCUGUGAUAGAUACUUGACCAAUAAAGUUGUUCCUGGUGUGAGAGCGACUAUCGUGGGUAUUUAUUCUAUUUAUAACUCAAAGAAAAACGCGUCAAGUGGUAGAGGUAAUGACGCAGGUGGUGUCGCAAUUAGAAAUCCUUACAUUAAAGUACUAGGUAUUCAAACAGAUGUUGACAGUACCUCUUUUUUCAAUUCAAUGACAAUGUUCUCUGAAGAUGAGGAAGAAGAAUUUUUACAAUUAAGUAGAAGACCAGAUAUUUAUGAAUUACUUACCAGAUCUAUCGCACCUUCAAUUUAUGGUAAUGAGGAUAUCAAAAAAGCUAUUGUUUGUCUAUUGAUGGGUGGUUCAAAAAAAUUAUUACCUGAUGGUAUGAGAUUAAGAGGUGAUAUUAACGUUCUACUGCUGGGUGAUCCAGGUACCGCAAAAUCUCAAUUACUAAAAUUUGUGGAAAAGAUAUCUCCAAUUGCGGUCUACACAUCCGGUAAAGGUUCCUCCGCCGCAGGUUUAACUGCAAGUGUACAAAGAGAUCCAAUCACUCGUGAUUUUUUCCUUGAAGGUGGUGCUAUGGUUCUUGCAGAUGGUGGUGUCGUUUGUAUUGAUGAAUUCGACAAAAUGAGAGAUGAAGAUAGAGUGGCCAUUCAUGAAGCCAUGGAACAACAAACAAUUUCUAUCGCAAAAGCUGGUAUUACUACAGUUUUGAACUCAAGGACAAGUGUUCUUGCCGCGGCAAAUCCAAUAUACGGCCGUUACGAUGAUUUGAAAUCACCUGGUGAAAAUAUUGAUUUCCAAACUACUAUCUUAUCCCGUUUUGAUAUGAUUUUCAUUGUCAAGGAUGACCAUAACGAAGAACGUGAUAUUUCAAUAGCAAAUCACGUUGUCAAUAUACAUACAGGCCAAGUGUCUCAAGAACAAGAAGAGCUAGAGAACAGUGGUCAGGAAAUAAGUAUGGAAAAAAUGAAGCGUUACAUCACUUACUGUAGAAUGAAGUGUGCACCAAGACUUUCUGCUCCAGCGGCUGAAAAACUUUCUUCACAAUUCGUUACAAUUAGAAAACAACUUCUUAUCAACGAAUUAGAAUCUACUGAAAGAUCGUCGAUUCCAAUCACAGUCCGUCAAUUGGAAGCCAUCAUUCGUAUAACAGAAUCGUUGGCAAAGCUGGAAUUAAGUCCGGUUGCUCAUGAAAAACAUGUUGAAGAAGCCAUUAGACUGUUCCAAGCUUCUACUAUGGAUGCAGCCUCCCAAGACCCAAUUGGUGGUCUGGAUCAAUCAACUUCUUCAAAUAUUCUAGGUGAAAUUCGCCAAAUUGAACAAGAAUUGAAAAGAAGAUUACCAAUCGGUUGGUCAACAUCUUAUCAGACUUUGAGAAGAGAAUUUGUUGAUUCUAAUAGAUUCUCUCUUCCUGCGCUUGACAAAGCUUUAUAUGGCUUGGAAAAACAUGACACGAUUCAAUUAAGGCAUCAGGGACAAAAUAUCUACAGAAGCGGUAUAUGA